CUACGUAGUUCAUAAUAUUUUUGCAUCAUCAGCUGUGUUUGCAGUUGAAAAGUUGCAAGCUUUUAAUAAGUCGCUUAUUAAAGUUAGGCGCGCUCGAGUAAGUUCAAUAAGUGAUAUGUCGAACAUUUGAAAUAUUCUAACUACACUAGCGGUACCGUGAGCCUGUAGUGUAAUUCCGAGUACGGUUGGGGGUCAAGGAUUAAACGACCUCUUUUCACCAUGAAGGACGACAUCAUCUACUUGGUUUUGUUGGGAUUAUGUAUUGCGUUUGGUCAAUUCUAUCGGAAAUUCCGUGAUCCAGAGCAAAAGAAAUGGGUUGGAACUGCUGUGGGAUUGCUUAUUGUGUUCUCCACCUCGGGUUUCCAUACCUUACAUAUGCUGUUUUGCUAUCUGGUGUGCGGGCUUAUCACGAUCUAUUUUAAUCGCAAAGCUUGUCAUUUAGUAAGCUUCGGAUUUAUGUUUGGCUAUCUGUUCUUGUUCCGCUCGCUCACAUUUCUGGGAUUCGAAGCUCCUCCCGGUCAUAGUAACAUGAUCCAAAUGAUUUUAACCUUAAAACUAGUGGGUUUAGCUUUCGAAGUCAAUGCCGCCGCUACCAAAUCAGCAGAAAUCGGACAAGCCAAAAAAGACGAAGCCGGGGAGACGGUGGCUUUGAGCGAAAACGAAAAAGCUCUCUUGAAGUUGGACAUGCUGGAUGUUUUUCAUUACUCUUUUAAUUACGUUGGAGUACUGACUGGACCAUACUAUACCUUCAAAACAUUUCGCGAUACCAUAUAUCUUCCAUUUAGCUACAACGCAAACUGCAUAGAGGCCACUGUUGAUAAACUAAAGGUUAUUCCCUUGUACGCGGGGUUAUUUUUGCUUAUCUCCCACAUUUGGCCAUUGAAUUAUGCAACAAGCAGUGAAUUCUACGAGCAACGUUCUUUCAUUUAUAGGCUAAUGUAUGUUUGGCCCACAUUCUUCAUUUUCCGUAUGCGCAUAUACACUGGAAUUAUGUUGAGUGAAUGUGUUUGCACUAUGGCUGGAUUAGGUGCUUAUCCCAAAAGUUGCGAAAAUAAAUGUGGUCAUGGUCCAAGUAAGGAUUAUUCCAGUUUAACAAGCAACCCUGAAGGCAUAGAAUAUGAUUUCGAAACAGUGCGCAACAUUGAUGUGGUUAACACAGAAAAAUGCUGGACUUUCCGGGAGGCUAUGAAGUACUGGAAUAUGUGCGUACAAUACUGGAUGGCCAUGUAUGUGUACAAGCGUUUUCCAAGCAAAAAAUAUCGAACGAUUGCCACCCUGGCAGUGUCCGCUAUUUGGCAUGGCGUCUACGCUGGCUACUACUUUUGUAUUUGCGGUGCUCCCUUCUAUCUUCCGAUCGAGGAUUUGUACUUCAAGCUGUUCAUCAAGGAUGCUACCGGUACCAAACGGCAGGUGUUGAACGUGAUUUGCUGGAUCUCGAAAUUUUUCGCCUUCUCCUACAUGGGCAUUGCAUUUUUGCUAUUGACGAUUGAUAAAAUCUGGUUCUAUUAUGGAUCAGUGUAUCAUUUCCCUUACAUCAUGUGGCUAGCAAUGUACUUAGUGGGGAUGGUUAUUGCCAAAGAUAGGAAAGCCAAAGCAAAACGAGCGGAGAAGAAGCAACAGCAAGAGGCGACCAAAUAGAUAAGUUGUAACCAGUCGAAUUUGAAGAUUUAACUCACACACUAACAUUCAGCAAAGAUGUUUAUUAGAUUGAAGCAAUCUAACGUAGAAAUAAAGCUUGAUCAUGAAGAGGUAGGUUGGCAUGAUACUAAUUAGUUUGAUAUGCUCUGCGUUUAUUAGUUUUUCUGGAAUAGUGUUACGUCCUCUAAAGUUUUUACUUAGCGAGUUAGAAUUUGCUUGUUUCGUAAAUCAAACAUAAUCUAGAAGAAAUGAAACUUUAGGGAUAAUCAGUGAAUAUUCGCAAAUUUAAUUUUAAAAAUUUGCUCUAGACGUCGAAUAAACAAAUAAAAAACAUGAACAUUGA